AGAGGGCUGCGGAGCGCCGGAGGAAGAAAGGGGAGGAGGACGAGGAGAAGGAGGAGGAAAACCCCUGUCCAGGAGGUGGAGCGAGGGGACUGUGUCCGCCUCCUGUUCCUCUCUGCCGUUUUUUUUCCAGAGGAGCCGGAGCCGGGACACUGCGCGGCGAGAGGGACGCGCACAAAGCCGUGGGUGCGCGCUGGCGCUGGGACGAGCGCGGGGCGUGGCGGGGCGCGGGGGCGCUGGCGGGCGCGGAGCGGCGGGGACCAUGCCGGGCGAAGUCUCCUGAGCGCAGCCCGGGCCUCCCCGCCCCCACGGGCUGCCCUCGGCGCGGCCCUCUCUCCCCAUGUGCAGCCGGCCGGCCGCGCUCCCCUCGCGGCGGAGGGUGACCUCUUCCUGGCCUCGGCCGGCUGUGCGAGGCGGCGGAGCAGGCGAUGAAGAAGAAGCAGCAGCAGCAUCCCGGCGGCGGCGCGGAUUCCUGGCCCCAUGCGGCCCCGGCCGGGGUCGCCCCGGCGGGCCUGGGCGGUUGGAGGCGCCGGGUCUCCCUGCUGCCCCUCCUGCGCUUCUCCCUCCGGGACUACGGUUUCUGCAUGGCCACCUUGCUGGUCUUCUGCUUGGGCUCCCUCUUCUACCAGCUCAGCGGGGGACCCCCUCGCUUCCUCCUGGACCUGCGACAGUAUUUGGGAAAUUCCACUUACUUGGAUGACCACGGACCCCCUCCUAGUAAGGUCCUUCCCUUCCCCAGCCAGGUGGUGUACAACAGGGUUGGCAAGUGUGGGAGUCGCACUGUGGUCUUGCUUCUGAGAAUCUUGUCAGAGAAGCAUGGAUUCAAUUUGGUCACGUCAGACAUUCACAACAAAACCAGGCUGACUAAAAAUGAGCAAAUGGAACUGAUUAAAAAUAUAAGUACUGCUGAACAGCCCUAUUUAUUCACUCGACAUGUUCAUUUCCUCAACUUCUCAAGGUUUGGAGGAGACCAGCCCGUCUACAUCAACAUCAUCAGAGACCCUGUCAGCCGGUUCUUAUCUAACUAUUUUUUCCGUCGCUUUGGAGACUGGAGAGGGGAACAGAAUCACAUGAUCCGCACCCCCAGCAUGCGGCAAGAGGAGCGCUACCUGGAUAUCAAUGAGUGCAUUCUUGAAAACUACCCUGAGUGUUCCAAUCCCAGAUUAUUUUACAUCAUUCCGUAUUUUUGUGGACAGCAUCCCAGAUGCAGGGAGCCUGGUGAGUGGGCCCUUGAACGUGCAAAGCUGAACGUGAACGAAAACUUCCUGCUCGUGGGGAUUCUCGAGGAGUUGGAAGAUGUGCUGCUUUUACUGGAAAGAUUUUUACCUCAUUACUUCAAGGGCGUGCUCAGCAUCUACAAGGACCCAGAGCACAGGAAACUUGGAAACAUGACUGUGACGGUGAAGAAGACCGUGCCCUCCCCCGAGGCCGUGCAGAUUCUCUACCAGCGAAUGAAAUACGAGUACGAGUUCUACCACUACGUCAGGGAGCAGUUCCACCUGCUGAAGCGCAAGUUCGGCCUCAAGUCCCGCGCCAGCCGGCCCCCUCUGCGCCCGCAGUUCUUCAUCCCCACCCCUCUGGAAACCGAGGAGCCCAUGGACGACGAGGAGCAAGACGAUGAGAAGUGGCUAGAAGAUAUUUAUAAGAGGUGAUGCCAGCUCUGGUUGCCUCCAUGGUUGUAUCUCCUUUCCAGAAAGAUUUUUGUUUGAAGGAAGAAAAAUCCUGAUGGGACUUUAAAUUAAUGCUCGGGUGCAUUAAAAAGAACAAAACAUUCCCACAUGGUGGGGUCACUGGGAGAUGCCCGGUUUUGCGGGUGGUGUUUGUUUAAUUUUAUUCUAUGCUUUCUCUUGGCUCCUUGGGGCCUUCCCAGAUAUACAAAUGUCUCCAUCACAAGGCAUCAUGUCAUAAAAUAGCCUUUUCCUCCCCUCCCGCAUAGGAUGGAAGGAAGAGGAGAAAUAUAUUCCAUAGCCCAAUAAUUUAUCAUUUGUAAAAUGAGUUGUAAAAAUAUUACCUCGGUGGUAGAAGAUAUUCAGACUUGUUUAUGUCAGUAGAAAUAUAAAACCACUUCACAGACCAGGGAGUCUGCUCAAGAAGUAUCUAAGAAGAAAAGGUAAGGUAAGAGCAGCAAAGAAAGGAUGUCCCUGGUUAAAUGGCUUCUGCCCAGGAGCAGAACACUGUCACCAAGAGCAGUGCACUUAUCUCUGAAAGAACAAGUCAUCUUGUGCCAUGUCCCCAAGCCAUCAGAACCUGGAGAACCUUUCCAAGUUAAAGUGCAUGGCAGGUUCUACUGAGACAUUCCAAUCUCAGGCACCAUUCUGACAGUCACCAAAGUAGCACAGCAAGGAAAAGGAUUUGUUUGCUGAGUAAGGAAGAGUAUACGCAGCACAGAGCCAAUCAGGGGGCCAUGUGGCAACAGCAAAAGAGCACAGUCAUGUGCUUUGCAGCCAAUCUGAAACAUCUGUGUUCCUGGCAGCAGUUUAAGUGGAAGUUCCAGGAACCAGUGUAGCUCUGGCAUUCAUUUUUAUGGUAGGAACUCUAAACCUGACCACAGACAGUGCAUAAUCUCUGAAGUCCACCCCUGCCCACCUAAGAUCUUAUCUGGUAUCUGGUACCUGUCUGCUUUUAGUAAUAAGGGGUUCUGAGCUCUAUGCAGGCAGCAAUAGAACUAUAGCCUCAUUUUUUAUGGAAUCUGUUUACUCUUAAGAACUUACCAGGGACAUCAAAGACAGAAAAAUAAGGAGUCUGGGUAGAAGACAGCCCAGCUUUAUGAAGCUUUUUAAAGCGGGUGGAUCCUACUAUGUGAUCUCCGUAGAUGCUAGGCAGUCCCAUUACCUCUGACUAUUCCAUCUGCCCACCCUCCACCCCAUCACCACCCCACCCCCAGUUCAAUUAUUAGAAAUCUUUUCCCUUAAAUUCUGAAGUUAUUUUUCACCUUUUUAAAAAGUCCCGGAAGUGCAUAUCCUCCUGAGGGGAUGACCCUAGGAGUCAGGAUGCAGAGGUAGAAGUCAGACAGGUGCUUGUGAGAAACACUGUGCUCCAUGUUUGCCUCUUAGAGCCAGCUCAGCAAGAGUCAUUUUAGAAAAGUGAGUCAAAGGGCUUAAGACUUAAGACUUUAGGCCAUUUACACAUUUUCUGCUUUUCAGAAAACAACAGUCUCUAGAAUUUUUUUUCCUUCCUCACUAAAACUAAACAGUGGCCAAUAUAUAAAGCAAGUCACUUGGAACCUGCCCAGUGUGUGGUAAAGCUACUUUCUCAUGAGAUGUAUUAAAAAGGCUCCAGCCCAUAGGCAUCCAGUGAAGGCAGGGACCACAGAGGCACAAAGUCCAGCACUUGUGAGUUUUCUGCUUCAUGCGACUGAGGCAGCAGAGUGAGUAAGGUACACGUUCGCACAGUCAGAAAUGUCCUCUGUCCUGUGCAGAGAGGCCAGGGCCCUACUACUAGGCAUGAUUUUAAAAACAACUUUAAAAACAGCUAUACUCAAAACAGUUUAAGAAGUGCUGUGAAUACGAUAUAUUGUGAGACUUUUCUAUUAAAUUACAUAAGAAGAAUGAUGGUAAGUUUACACACUGUGCAGUCUCACAAUCUGAAAAUAAAGUUCUGAUGAUUGUUUUCUCUGCUGUUGUUAGAGCAGCAGAAUAACUGGUCAUUCAACAAGUGCUCCUCUUUCUGCAAGUUCCCACAGGCACAUCUGCUUGAGUGUCAAAGGUACUUAUUUUUGGCAGUGAUCAGUACAACUUCACAACAAACGAUGCCAACUGAUUAUUUGUAGGGACUUCUUAUUUUGCUCCAAUAAAUAGCCCCUACUUCCUAAAAGUCAGGGCACUUCAUUGGUUUAUUUGGUACACAUGACAACAUUUAUUUGGCCCUGGGUCCAAUACAGUUUGUACUUAAUAAAAUAUAUUGUACAUUUUACAUAGUUUAAUUUAAAAAGUACAUUUUAAGCUAGUUGUUCUUUGACUGCCUUAUUUAUUAUAACCUUUCAGCACAUUCCAAUGUUUUAGUUACUCAGGAAGGAGUUAAUUAAAAUGAUUUUAUUUUGGUGUGAUGGAUGUUUUCUAAAAGGAAAAUUAUUAUUAUGAACCCUCCGCCUACUUUCCUUGAGUGCUAUAAAAGUGCUUGUAAAUCUUUUUUUUCCCUAAAGAAGAAAAAAUGAUAUUUGACAUUGAUGGAAAUUCAAAAAUAUAUAUGGAACUGAAACAUAAUCUUAGCUAAAAUAAAAACAAUCUGUGUUUGA